GCGCAGUGCAUCCAGGGGCUCGGCGGCGUUCGGUGCUGAAGUGGGGCGGAUGGCAGAAAAACAGCGGCGAUGGACUUUACACCGCAGGAUUCCCAUUUACGAUGUCGUUAAAUAAACACUGGGACGUCGCGCUUUCAUACCUAUCGCCGUAGGACACUGACAACCCACCACAAAGGGAUGCUGUACCUUCACUGCGCCCUAUGCUCUCAAGUCCAUAAAUGACCCUUUCACCGAGUUCUGAGGGAGCUUAGGAGGUGACAGUGAGAGAAGCAGAAGUAGCAAGUGAAACGUUCAGACAGCCCCCCAGUCAGUCACUUCGUCAACCAGCCUGCUAGCAUCCAGCAACAUAUUACCUCAUGCCAUGACUGCUCUGUCUGACCUGUGUUUAGGAACUCACUGAUUCAUGCCCCGGAGUGUGAGUGGAGUGGAGAUGAGGAAAAGGCAGGCGGCUCAUAUUGAGGCCCCACCCCAGGCCCCUGGACAGCCCCGACCCAACACCUGCUGCCUGUGCUGGUGUGGCUGCUGCAAGUGUCUCUGGAAUGAAGACAGAAUUGAGAGGAGUGAACGACAGACCUGCACCAAGAUGGACAGUAUUGAAGCUACUGAAGAACAACGCCCUAGUCUAGAGGAGGUGCUGUCGUGGGCACGAAGCUUUGAGAUGAUGCUGCGUUCGCUGGAGGGCCGGGAGGUCUUCAGGCAGUUUCUGCGUUCUGAGUACAGCGAGGACAACCUGCUUUUCUGGUUGGCCUGUGAAGAGUUGAAAAAGGAGACAGAUCCCACAGUGGUGGAUGAGAAGGCCAGGAUCAUAUAUGAAGAUUAUGUGUCCAUAUUAUCACCCAAAGAGGUGAGUCUGGACUCACGGGUCAGAGAAGGAAUAAACCAGAGCCUGGCAGAGCCCAGCAACCUGAUGUAUGAGGAGGCCCAGCUCCAGAUCUACACCCUGAUGCACCGGGACUCCUUCCCCCGUUUCCUCAACUCCUCUGUUUACAGAGACCUCCUGGCCAGCAGGAGGCGCACCUGCCUCGACACCUAGACCCCUCCGGCCUCCAUCAUUGCCAUGAAACGCCAACAAGACUACUACUUAAACUUCAAAUACUACUAUGGUGCCAGAAGUCGGGUUUGGAAAUCUCUCCCUCUUUUUUUUUUUUUGAUUGAAAAGACUGAGUGACAUCCGAGAUAGCUUGUUGUUUUGGGGGGUUUUAUUUAUAUUUUUUAAGCAAUUUAUAUCCAGUUCUCCACUGGAGCUAGGUCAGCCUUUGCUGGUUGGUUAUUGGUCAGUUUUAGACCAUUAAUGCUGGCCAGUGAUUGUUUUGCUAGCAGUUUGUGCUUUUUGUUACGGUUAACUGGCCAACCCACGUAUCAGCUGUCAGUUGAAAUGGCCAACCUGAUGGCCAGCUGUUGGUUAACUGUGGACAAAGACUCCUCAGGCGGUGGGAACAGAGAGAGAGAGAGAGAGAGAGACAAAAAGGACAAGCCCACUGUUCCUGUACUGUAAUAUUUUAGACCUCAUGCUUUUUACCCUCACUUUGAUAUUCUCUGUCUUUACUCAUUCUCUUUAACAACUUUUUAGUUUUUCCAAGUCUGUCCCAUUCCUCUGACGUGUUUCAUUUUAUUUUGCUUUUCAUUCCUUCACUGUCACCUAUUUGUUGGUGGGAUUUAGGGCAUUUUUGCCCUUUUAACCAGUAGACACACUGGCUCUGCAUGCAACUCUCUCUCACUAUGAUAGCUUGAUGAUAUAAGCUGUGGACUGCAACUGUUUUUGAAUAUUAAGAGGUAUUUAGGCAGGGCAGGUGGGCUGUAUCUGUCUGGCUGUCUGUGUUCAGUGAAGGGAAAAAGUAUACUUCUGACAAUUUUAAGCUUACUUCAGUAUUUUAUUGAGGAGAUUUCAAGGCUUCUGCAGCACGGGCAGCAGCAGCACCUACCCAUUUAUCCACCUGUCCAUCCAAUCCAUCCGUCCAUCCGAGCACUUUCCUUCUUUAGGAUUCGUUAACUGGGAGAAGUAAGGGCUACAAUUGUGGUUGGGCAGCUACAUCUGUUAUUACUCAUGAACUUUAAACAAAAAAAAAUAUCUCCACUGAGAAAAUCACAAUGCCUUUACAUGUAGGAAAAGGCAGCACAAGUGCUGCUGGAGGUUUUCUGGAAAGCAACCACAGUUUGUCCACCGAUCCCUACCUCCCAUUAUUUGACCCUCCUUUCCCUACCUCCCUCCUCCUCCUCCCUCCAAUUCAGACCAUCAAGGCCUGACAAGCACAGGUGUCCAGUCUGGGGAAAAACACGGCUGGAGGGGGAAAAAAAAUUACAUUGAAUCCAAAUAAAUAGUCAUCUUCAUUUUGAAAUUCUUGAGCAGAAAUGAGAGCUUACCUUUUAGUGUUUUACAUUGAAUUUGAGCAUUAUGGAGAGCCGGUUCUGCUUUAAGAACAGUAGCAGAUAUUGCAGGCGUUGAUGUAAUUAAAGGGGUUAUCAAGUCCUGGCCUUUGUCUGUAAGGCUCUAGCUUUAGUUGUAGAUAACAACCGAGGAUUGGUUGCCUGUUAUAAACAGUUACAUAAACCAGGUGCCAAACAUGAUGUCAGAGAUGCUGUGAUGUUUCAAGGUACUUGUCACCAGGCUGUAGAGCCUUAGUCGUUCUGCCGUGUGGUGGUCCUUCAGUUAGCUACUGCCUGUUCAGGACACUCAUUUCUUUUUGCCAGAGCUGAUGAAGAGGGUUGGUAUGUCAUGCUACACACUCGCCUUUUCAAAAAGCCGACUUGGUUUCAGCAUGCUGUAGUCAAGCAGUUAGCAUGCUUGUGCUAGCAAUGCCAAUUCUCUGCUCUACUGCCAGCCCUUACACACACUCUGGUUUGACUUUGACAGCAUGCUACAAUAAUGGCCAUGUGUUUUUGUGACACAUUUACCAGGAAAAAAAAAAACAUGAAAAGUUUAAGGGGUAUUGCCAAAUCCCAUUAAUAUUUUUAGUAUAUGAAAUGCUGGGGUGUUUUUUUUUAUUUGUUUGUUUUUAAUGGCAAACAUUUGAACAUGAACUUUGUUCCGGGCCUGUGGAUGUACAGUAGAAAGUGCAUGAGUGCAGUAUAUGCUACUUUUUUAAUUAACUGAGCCUCAGAGUGUAUUCAUCACUCAAUGGAUAGCUGAUGUCCUAGUUUGCUUGGGUGGGUAGUGCCACAUCUUAGAGUGUCAAUGAAACGGUGCCAUUCCUCACUGAUUAAUGUAGGCAUCCAUGUUGCUGGCUCCUUUAACUACCUAACAUUCAUGUGCCAAGCUUGGUCUAAAUUAAAUUACGAUGCAGGAUGCCUAGCAGGCCAUUGAAGUGCAAUUGGAUAUAGUUAAGGAUGAUAGAUUGUUGUCAAUUUGAGGCUCUGUCUCACUUCUGAAAGUUAACUAAUACCUUUCAGGAUAUAAAGAUUUAGUUUAUUGCCACUGUUUCUAGACAGCAACUGCGGGUUUUGCUGGAGAAACUAAAUAAAUAAAAAAAAUGAAUUGGUUUGUCUUGCAAAACAAAAAUGCAGACCCUUUGUAGGAGCCUGGGAUUUUGAUGUUUUCUCCAGACUUAUUUUCAGAUGAAACAGACAGUUAGGUGGUCACAGCAGUACAAAAGCUGUCUGUUAUGAAUAAUGGUCCGAAAGACAGGGUGAAACUAAUAAUCACACCACAGUUUUGUAAUGUUCCUCAUUAGAAAUAUACUCUUGUUUAACUUUUGGCAAUACAGUGCUCACAUGCAGGCUACAUUAAUAUCCAUAAGGGCUUGAUAUUGCUUGGCUGCUUUAAUGAAGAGCUGUGCAUGCAUGCGCCCAGAUGAUCAUAAGCAGAGGAAUACAGAGUAAUUUACCAAUUCUGAUACUGAAGGAUCAGUUUUCACUCUUACUCCUUGGAACAGUUUUAUCUUUUCAGGAAGCAAAAGCAUUUUAGACAUUUGUAUUUGGACAUCUCUGGAACUUUCUUGACUCGCUCAUAAAGCUCUCAUGCAGACAAAUCCCUCUUCUGCACAGUAUGGCUAUGUUUCCCCCCUUUUUUUCUGAGUCUAUAUAAGUAACAUGAGAAUGUUUCACCAAGAACCAGAUAAUGAAAUCAUGGUGCAAUCAAAACAAGUUUACAUUUAUAAAUUGUGAGAUCUGUGUACCUUAUGAAAUAGUCGUAACAGUGGGAACUAACAGCCAGCAGGUUUAAAGCUGGCGCGAGUCUGUGCCCAGGGUUAACAGGCAGGCUCGAGUUUAAAACUGGGAGUGUUUUACAAGCAGGACAGACACAGUAGAAACCCAGGUUUUCUGCUCGCGUCCAUUCCUCUUAAUUUAUUGUGACUUUUACACAGCGUGGAGAAGUACACGGCUGUUUAUUUUUAAUACCUGCAUUUUAAAUGUGGAUUUUACAAGCAAUGAUGAAGAUGUGAAGUGAUGUAGUUGUCAUCGCCGAGUUUAGAUUUUUGUCUUUAAAUUUCCAUGGUUUCCAAGAGAAGAAGGUCUUUAAAAAUGUUGCUGUGGUUUUUAUUGACUAAAAAUAAAAAACGGUUGAGAGCUAGAGCUGAAAGUGUCCUGAUGGGAUGGAGGAGGUUUGCGAAGCUUUGGCCUUACCGACAUGUUUAAGUUUUUUUUCUUUGUAUAAAAAAAGAAAACAAACGUCUCUGUAGGCUUUUCACUACCUCUCAUGUUGGUUCAUUUGUUUCACAUCUAGUUUUCAAUGUACAAGUUGUUUUUAGAUCUACUUGAAGCCUAACACUGUAAACAAAAAUGUGCACAGAAAAUGACUAUGUAUAUGACCAGAGGGGUUAAAGAGAGUUUGGCCUAGUCAACAUUUAUUAUUUUGUUUGUUUGUAUGUUUGUUUGUUUUUAAUUGUGUUGAGCUGAACUAGAUUUUGCAUCUCUAAAGAAUUCAGGAAUCCACUGUCUAAGGGCUAAUCCCAUUUUUGCCUAUGCAAAUCUGUUACUGUGGGGGAGUUGGGAAAGGGCGAGCUACCGCACCUUUCACCUGUUUUAGAUGGACCAUGGUUUACAUUGCCCUUUGCUGAUAUUCUUCAAUCUUAUUCAGCAAAAAUGUACGCUUAAUAUACAGAGAACAUAGUAUAUGCCUUCGUGAUGAUAAAGAAAAGAAACCUUGAUUGAAAACAAAUAAAUGUGUUGUCUGACAUUAUGUGGCUGUGUGCUGGAGUCUUGGUAAAAUAGUUGACUGGAAUUCAACUUGACUGACUGUCAUAAAACUGUCAUUACUCAGGCUACAAGACUUGUAGCUGACCCUGUGCAGUAUUUCCUGACUGAGGGAAUCAAUUUUAUUUAUUUUAGGAGCAACCACAUUAUGACUUUCUGUGACAAACAUGCUACCCUGAUGUAGACAAUGAGGUAAACAAGGGACCAACAAGGUUUUGUCCUUGUCAUUUUUAAAGCCUAAGACUAUGUAACUUUUGGGAAACAAAGGCUAUUGUUGCCACAGGUUAAAGUAGGGGUAGAACUCAACUCCUAUGUCUCCUCUGGGCUCAGAAUAUAGCCCAGAGGUUUUUAGGGGUUUUUUUUUUCUUUUCAGGCCAGAUCACAUUUGGGAGAAGUUUGCCCUCGAUACUUUCUGCUAGACCAGCUUGUAAAGGGUGUAUUUUAACCAAACCCACAAUCUUAUCCCAAACCUACUUAACUACUUUGUUUUACUGCAUAAAACUAACCAAAUUGCAACUGGAAAUAAUAUAAAAGUCCUAGUACAAAGACCUGAAGGCAAACCUCUCCGACUACUGACCAAAUCAGGUGAGUAGUACAAGACAGAAUCAUGGAAAUAGGAUAAGGUCUUACAAUGGGCCAAGCAGAGGACUUUGAACUUGGAGUAAUGUGAAACCAAAGGGUUGUGAAGCACAACCAUAUUCCUGUGCAUGACUGGUUGGUGGGACUUGGAACAGAGAUGGGAGAGCUGCAG